CCAAAGUCAAAAAUAUUCUUUCGAGAAAUAGGUCUAUUGGAUGGUUUUUAAAGCUUCAAGUCUGAAACAAAAAAAAAUAUGAGAAACAGCUGGCCAUGUGUAUCCUUUCUUCGGAAUUUGCACCUCUAAAAUGUUUAACAAGCUCAGGAGGAACAUGUGUCGAAGGCUGGGCUCUCUAACUCGUCCAUCCCAGAUCCUGGAGAAUAACAAUAUGCAAACAACCACCAAAAUUGGUAGACAUUUUCCUGCUCCAAUUACCAAAUUCAGACCGAAGCUCUGUGUGAGCCGCCAUGUGACGUUUACACCCAGCACCUUGGACCACCUGGAAUACCGGAGGCUUGUGGUUCGUGCAAUGCCCUCGGCCUUCCAGAACUUUGUACGUGAGAUGCUUACCGGCUACUACGGACUGAAACUAAUGGAAGAGCGAAGAAAAUAUGGUUUGGCACCCGAUUACCCGCUCAGCGGCCGCAGGUUGCCCAUCAAGGAUCUCGUCCAGCUGCAAAUAGUGGCCAAGGACAUGUGGCGGAAGAUGAGUCCGGAGAGUAAGCAAAGGUACAAGCAGCUGGCCAAGGAGGCAGCUCUUCGGAAAAAACAGCGCCUGCCGCCCGAUCCCUACAGAGUACAGGUGUCGACCACUAAGAAGUCUGAUAUGACCUUUCAGCAUUUAAAAACCCAAAUGGAGUGUUAGUAUUCGCAAUUACAACGGAAAGAAAAGUAACUGCAACCAAAUCGGCUUUUGGAACCCAAGUUAAAGAAACUAAAGCCUUGCAAGUAAUUUGAAACAUAAUAUGCGCUGUUAUUUUGUUGUGUUAUUAAAGAAUUUGCAUUUUCAUAUAUGCAAAUAUCUUUAAUAAUCCAUCAAAUUAAUCGCAUCCACACAGGUCUUCCGUUUAAAUUUUGUAAACUGUAUAAAUAAAUCAAUU